CCCAACCUGUUCCUGUGGCCUAAGGCUGGUUUGAGGGCAGGCAGAAGUCAUAGUCAAGAAUCCUUGCUGGGUUCAGCAGCCCCUGACUCACUCAUCUGAUACCAGAAAAAUGAAUCCAACCACCUCAUUGAGUUUUCCAGCUACAUCAAGCUCACACCUUUAUACUUUAAAACUUCUCUAAAAACUCCUUUUGGAAGGAAAUCAUUCUAAAACAUUACACUCAUAUGUAGCUCAUUGGUGGUCUCCAGACAGCGCUCAGCGAUGGAAGUCGGGGGUGGGAGCAGCCCCUGGGAGCCAGAACCUAAUAUAAAUCUUUCUGGGGUGCUGAGGAUCACUCACAGAAACCAAUGGCUCCUCCUAAGCUAUGUUUUCAGAAGUUAUAACAGUGUCAGGGGGCUGUUUGCCUUUAUGCCAAAUGGUAUUAGAGCACCUUUUAAAUGCUUAUGACUGCUUUAAAAGGUUUUUGUGGUGUUGCUUCCCUUACUACCAGGCUAUCAGGGGUCACUUGCUGCUCUAAAUGUGCUUCUGAUCUGUGUGUACACGAACACACAUGGACACAUUAGAAUUGUGAAUAACAGAUAAAUAGUCCAUAAUUGAAGACUGGAGAGUCUAUCCUAUGAGUAAAGUGCAUGAGUAUUGUACCUGCUCAGGAGUCCUUUCUGCUCCCACUAGACCCCACAAUGUUGCCCUGUAGUUGAUCUCUAGAUAAAUGAACUGUUACUGCAUGUUAGUCCGAUUACCAUUUGCCUCUUUGAUUGGAAAAGUCCACCAAAGAUUGCAAUAUAGAUUGUUCCCAAUAAUAGGAGACAGUUGGAAUAUUUAAGACAAGGAAGGCAGCAUAGGGUAGAGAUGAAGCAUCUUUGGCAUUGGAAAAAUGUGGGUGAGAGUCCUGGUGUCCCUACUUUUUUUCCAGCUGCAUGAUUGAUUUGGAGACAGGCCAUCCGCCUACCACUCUGAGCCUUACAGCCAUGAGGAUGAAAGAUAUUGUAGGAAGACCUGACAAAAAUGGGGUCAGCAGGGGCCAGGAAAUCAGAAUGUUUGGGUGCUUGCAGGUGUCAGGAAGGAAGACCAAGAGUAAUUGGGCAGGAAACGAACAGUAAAUGAGACGCCCAUCCUGGCUUUACAGAAGGAGGUAGACACUGUGUCUGCCUUGUGUAGCCCAGAAGCCCUGGUGGCUGUCCCAGAGCGGGAUUCAAGGGGAGGGGCUAGCACUCUAUACCCCGCCUUGGGGUUGGGAACCUCCAGAGGGUUAGUCUCUCCCUUUUUUCCUGCUCUGAUUAACACUAGGCUGGUGGGCCUGGCAGGGAGGGAGAAAAAGGAAGUCCCCACAAUGGUUUGCAGCACCUGAACUUGGUGACGAAAGGAAGCAGCCCAAACAAAGCAACCAUCUCUCCUUCCUCAAAGCCCCAUCUACCUAGGGACCAGGCUGGGAAAUGGGUACUUUUCUGGGCCUUAGCCCAGAAGCGGUGGUGUGGGGAAGGAGAGGAUGGCAGGGAACCUUGGUGGCAAGGUGGGUGCCUCCUGUCUGCAUUUCUUUUGUUUUCUGCCUCUAGCCCUCUAUUUAGCCACAGAGCACCUACUCUGGGCUAGACAUUGGGCUAGGGGGCUGGGAACACGGAGAUAAAUGAUGCAUAAUCCUGGCUCCUGGAGAAAGACCUCUCGGUCCUGUGUCCCUGCCUCCCGCCUUCCUUACCCACCAAACCCUCGCCCCACUUCUCUGAGACCCUGUCUCUUCUGCUGACUUUGUUCUGUUCUGUCUUACCCGGACUCUGCAGUGUGUGUGCUCCCAGAGGGAAGCGACACAAAGGGGGGAGGGCAGAAAGGAGGGAAUCCCGCUGACAUCACUGUUCAUUAGCAUGUGUGACCUCAUCAGGGGCGGGACAAUUUCCCCAGGUGUCUAGGGGGGAGGACACGUGGUGGGGGGGUGGUAUUUAAAGGGAAAAGCUGACAGUGCUGCUAAAUGAGAUAGCGGUGCUGCUGGCCGCCUGGGCUGCACACACACGCACACCGAUGCAUUCGGACCUGGACGCCGACAUGGACACGGACACAGAAACCACAGCACUCUGCCCCUCCGGCAGCCACCAGAAUUCCCCCCCAGGGACGCCCACACCAGAAGCAAAUGCCACACUGCUGAAGAAGUCAGAGAAACUGUUGGCAGGGUUGGACCGGAGCGGGCCACCCUCUGCCCCCGGGGUCCCCAGACGAAGAGGCAGCAUGCCUGUCCCCUACAAGCACCAGCUGCGGCGGGCCCAGGCUGUAGAUGAACUUGACUGGCCACAAGCCUCAUCCUCUGGCUCUUCUGACUCCUUGGGCUCAGGGGAGGCAGCCACCACCCAAAAGGAUGGCAUCUUCAAGGUCAUGCUUGUGGGGGAGAGUGGCGUGGGCAAGAGCUCCUUAGCGGGCACUUUUGGCGGUCUCCAGGGAGACGGUGCUCACGAGCCGGAGAACCCAGAGGACACCUAUGAGAGACGCAUCAUGGUGGAUAAGGAGGAAGUAACCUUAGUUGUUUAUGACAUCUGGGAACAGGGGGAUGGUGCGGGGUGGCUGCAGGACCACUGCCUUCAGACCGGGGAUGCCUUUCUCAUCGUCUUCUCAGUCACUGACCGACGAAGCUUCUCCAAAGUUCCAGAGACUCUACUUCGACUCCGCGCUGGGAGGCCCCACCACGACCUGCCCGUCAUCCUCGUUGGAAACAAGAGUGACCUGGCCCGCUCCCGGGAGGUCUCACUGGAGGAGGGCCGCCACCUGGCAGGAACACUGAGUUGCAAGCACAUCGAGACGUCGGCCGCGCUGCACCACAACACGCGGGAGCUCUUCGAGGGCGCCGUCCGCCAGAUCCGGCUGCGGCGGGGCCGGGGCCACGCGGGGGGCCAGCGGCCAGAGCGGGGCAGCCCCGAGGGCCCCGCGCCACCCGCGCGCCGCGAGAGCCUCACCAAGAAGGCCAAGCGCUUCCUUGCCAACCUGGUGCCCCGCAACGCCAAGUUCUUCAAGCAGCGCUCUAGGUCGUGUCACGACCUCUCCGUGCUCUGAGCCGCGGUCGCCAUGGUCACCGCGGUCGCCAUGGUCACCACUCUCGGCUCGCCCCGUCGCCCCGCCACGCCCUGUCCGACUUCCUUUGUGAAGACAGCCAAGGCUGGGGGGCGGGGGGGAUGUAGACUAGGAAACCAAAAACUCCCAGGACGCCCUGGUGUGACCACGGUUAGAGGGGGGAGGGGGCGGUCUCUGAAAUACCCCCUCCGCCCCUGGGCGCAGGAGGCAGUGCUCAGACCCGAGGGCGGGCGCGCCGGCGGGCAGGAAGGAAAAUCGUUCUGCAAGGUACGGUAUUUUGUUCAUUACUUCGCGCUUUACCACCUCUCCGGUAGAGACCCUAAAACCGAGAACUGGAAAAGUGCUUGGUAGACUCUUUUACAGGGUUUUCCACCUUUGUACUGUGCACGAAUAUGCCUCACCUUUAAGAGAUUCUUAAAGGUAAAGACACGGAGACCCUUCUUGGAGCUUUUCCUAUAACAUUCUGGCUCUUAUCUGCUGCACUUGUCCACUUUGCCUUUAAGAAGUUCUUAAAGGCAAGGGCCUGGUAGUGCUAUUUUUUGAGAACUGAUUUUGUGAUUUAUCACUACACCACGGCACUUCCCCUUUAAGGCUCUUAAAGGUAAGGUGUGGACAGACUUUUGCCUUCAGAUGCCAGCGUGAGGAGCUGAGCGGGUGGUAACUCCCCUUUGGCCAGGGCCCAGGAGGUACCAGCAAGGGUCCACCCUUCCCUUUUGAAUAAAGAAUUUUUCUACUGCA